AUGGACCGCGUGACCAAUUACGCCAUGCAAGGAUGCAGCAACAAUGACGAGAGAGUGGAGGUUGAAGCUGCUGCCAAUGCUGCCUCUCGGCCGCAUUGGAUGGGAUCCUUCCACCCAUGCGGAAUGCCGCCACCAGUACCUCCUUAUUUUUACCCUGCUCCACCAACCAUGCCGCCUCCAGCAGGACCCCCAAUGCAGCAGGUCAGUGAAGGUCCGAGGGUCCGAGGGGGCGACCCCGAUGCUGGGAAAAGUGGUCCGAAGGUUAAGCUUCCAAAUUUCAAUCCCGAAGAAGACGUAAACCUGACAAAGUGGUGGCUAAACAUAAGUACUGACCCGGUUGUCAACACCGGGCAGCGGAAAGAAGGGUUUUGGUUACGGAUCAUGAAAGGGUACAACUCAUCUCGAGAGGUUUACCCGGAGAGAUCGCAGAAGUCGCUCACGACUCGUUGGGACUACAUCAAAGAGUGCUGCACCAAGUUUUCCGAGUUCUACAGUUGCGUUCUGCGUUUGAAUCCCAGCGGCAUGUCGGACGCGGACAAGACGACGGAGGCAAUGGCUCGGUAUGCUGCAGCAUUGCAGAAGCCUUUCACCCAGAUGCACUCCUGGAAGUUAUUGAAGGAUGAGCCAAAGUGGGAGGCGUGCAUUGGGGCUCACUCCAAGGUACAUGUGCUCGACGACGACUCCUCCGAUGCAGCAGCUGGCGGUGCCAACGGAGUGGGCGGUCCUGCCGAGUCUGAUCCCCCGGCCUCCAGCGGGAGCAAGAGGCCGGCUGGGAGGGAUACCACUAAAGCAGCGAGCAAAAAGGCCGCCACAUCGUCGUCCUCGUCGGAAUACAUUUCACAAAUGAAUGAUAUGUGGGGCAACAAGCUGUCAUUAAUAAAGGAGAGUCAUGCUGAGAUUGCCACCCACCACGCCACGAUGGCUGUGCUGCAGGAGAAGAAGAUGUCUACAGAAAGGGAGCUGGAGGAACGUCGUCUGGCGCUUGAGGAGAGUCGGCUGGCAAUGGAGGCGAGUCGGCUGGAGAUGGAGAAGAGUGACAGGGAGAGUCGGAUGGAGAUGCAGCGGUCUCGGGCCGCCAAGGAAGAACGCGCGGAAGAGGAACGUAUUCUUAGUAUAGAUCUCGACAGGUGCUCGCCAGCGCUACGACUGUUCUACAAGCGACAGCAGGAGCAGAUCCUUGCGAAGUACUCGUUGCCUCCUCCCUGA